UCUCCACAGAGAAAAAGGAGUUGGGAUAUAGAAUGCCCAUCCUUUCCAGGAGAAAGACCACUGCAGUUCCGAAAAGCAGGACUCAGGACACCUGGGGGAGCUGCCUCCCUCUCUGGAGCAUGGCUUAGGUGUGGAGAAGGAUUUCAGGACACUUCUGGGACUCUGUCAUUAACAGCUGAAGAGAAGACGACUACAGUAAAGCACCUUGAAUUAUCACCUAGACCCAAGCAAGAAACCAGCACAUCUAAGAGCACCAAUGAGCUUACAGACAUUACAUGGAGUUCCAGUGGAAGUGAUUUGUCAGAUGAAGAUAAGACACCUUCUAAACUACAGAGAGAUAAUGGACAUGGCUCUAGAAUAAACAGAUUUUGUAAGAGGAGCAUUUUGUGUUCAGAAGAUGGGGCCAGUGAAGAUAAAUUGAUAAUUUUGUUAGAAAUCCAGUUUCUGUUAAAUAUUGGAUUUAAUAUUGGGAGAAACUUACAUUCCUUUCUAGUAUUUAUCAUUAACAUUCCACCUAUCAGAAUGGCUACAAUAAAAUAUAGUGACAAUACCAAAUGCUGAUGAAGUUAUGGAGAGAUAGGAUCACCAAUACAUUGCAGGUACACAGUAAAAUGGUACAGCCACUCUGGAAAACAGUCUGGUGGUUUCUUAGACUAACUAUGCAGUUACCAUGUAACCCAGUAAGUGUACCCUUAGACAUUUGUCCCAGAGAAUGAAAAUUAAAUUCCUUUCUAAUAGGAUUUUACUGAGUCCCACCCUCUGUGCUAAACACUUCAGAAACAUUUUCUUGUUUGAUAUUUCUCACGGUAACUGUAAGAGAUAGGUAUUAUUUUUAUAGUUAACAGCUUAAGCUUGGACUUACAAGAAUGGAUUGGGAUUCCAUUUUAGGUCUCUUUUGCUCCAUAGCCAGUUCCUUCAACUUCUACACAGUGCUACACCCAUACUGCCUUCUUGCCACCCUGUUAUUGUUGGGUAAAUACUGUGACAACCACUGUGUGAUAGAGGUGUAACACACUGACAAAUUUCUAUUUAGAUGGUGUUUUAUAUUGUGUCAUGUGUUAGAUAAUUUAAAGCAAAGUUUCUCAUCCUUGACACUCUUGACAUUUUGGGUCAGUUGAUUCUUUGCUCUGGGGAGAAGCACCUUCCUAUGCCUUGUAGGAUAUUCUGUGUCCCUGGCCCCUACCUUCUGGGUCAUGGUAGCAUCCCAGCCAUAGGGAUGAUAAACAAAGAUGUCUCCAGAUGUUGUCAAGGGUAUCCUGAAGUACAAAAAUCACCCCUAGUUGAUAACCACAGAUGUAGAAUUAUGGGAAUCAUGUCUUUUUAGAAAUUUUACAAUAUACAAAUCAUCUAGAGUAUUUAAAGAUCUUAAUGUUUUCAAAAUAAGCUUGCGACUUUUAACUCUGACAGUUCAUGAUAGGUUUGUACAGACAGCUUCUUGGGAGGGUAGUUAAAUUCUUUUGACCACUUUGUAUCUCAUUGUAGUAAUUCAAUACCCUUGACAUUUUAGUAGUUACCAGGUGGAGUGGUGUUUUAAGAUUAUGUAUAAGCUGAUAGCACCAGACACAUUAAAUGAAAUUUAUUGUUACGUAACCCUUGGUUUGUCUUCAUACAUUUCAGAAUACAAUUUCAGUAGUA